AUCACAGGACCAGAGGGCCUUGGUGAGAUGAGGUCCCCUUAGUUUUUAUUGCGUUUGUCCAUGUGCAAAUCUCUGCAGACCUUUGCAGAUCCUGAGUCAGGGGCUGAGAAGAGGAGGAGAGUGUUGGAGCAAGAAGAGGUAGGGUCAAGGGAGUGAGCGCUGUGAGAUUCGAUCCUGUCUCUCUAGUACUGGAACAACCACCUCACAGGAUGGAAGCGAGGAAAGAAAAUCAGCUGACGCAGGAGCCAGAGUGAGACGGAGAAACCCACAAACCCAGCCUACACCAUGAACUUGUGUCUCCGCGCUGUGCUUUAAGAGCCCCGGGCAGGUGAAGUUGCCGGAGGGAGCAAUGGCUCUCUUUACUCCGUGGAAGCUGUCCUCUCAGAAGCUGGGCUUUUUCCUCGUGACUUUUGGCUUUAUUUGGGGUAUGAUGCUCCUGCAUUUUACCAUCCAGCAGCGAACUCAGCCCGAGAGCAGCUCCAUGCUCCGGGAGCAGAUCCUGGACCUCAGUAAGAGGUACAUCAAGGCGCUGGCAGAAGAAAACAGGAACGUGGUGGAUGGUCCCUACGCAGGUGUCAUGACAGCUUACGAUUUGAAGAAAACUCUUGCUGUGCUAUUGGAUAACAUUUUGCAGCGCAUUGGCAAGUUAGAGUCAAAGGUGGACAACCUUGUAAUCAACGGCACCGGAACCAACUUGACCAACUCCACCACAGCUGUUCCCAGCUUGGUAGCACUUGAGAAAAUUAACGUGGCAGAUAUCAUUAAUGGGGCUCAAGAAAAAUGCGUAUUGCCUCCUAUGGAUGGCUACCCCCACUGCGAGGGGAAAAUCAAGUGGAUGAAAGACAUGUGGCGCUCGGAUCCCUGCUACGCAGACUAUGGAGUGGAUGGGUCCACCUGCUCUUUUUUUAUUUACCUCAGUGAGGUUGAAAAUUGGUGUCCUCAUUUACCUUGGAGAGCAAAAAAUCCCUACGAAGAAGCUGAUCAUAAUUCAUUGGCAGAAAUUCGUACGGAUUUUAAUAUUCUCUACAGUAUGAUGAAAAAGCAUGAAGAAUUCCGGUGGAUGAGACUCCGGAUCCGGCGAAUGGCUGAUGCGUGGAUCCAAGCAAUCAAGUCCCUGGCAGAAAAGCAGAAUCUUGAAAAGAGAAAGCGGAAGAAAGUCCUUGUUCACCUGGGACUCCUGACUAAGGAAUCUGGAUUUAAGAUCGCAGAGACCGCUUUCAGUGGUGGCCCUCUUGGUGAAUUGGUUCAGUGGAGUGAUUUAAUUACAUCUUUGUACUUACUGGGCCAUGACAUUAGGAUUUCAGCUUCACUGGCAGAGCUCAAGGAAAUAAUGAAGAAGGUUGUAGGCAACCGGUCUGGCUGCCCAACUGUAGGAGACAGAAUCGUUGAGCUAAUUUAUAUUGAUAUUGUUGGACUUGCUCAAUUCAAGAAAACUCUUGGACCAUCCUGGGUUCAUUACCAGUGCAUGCUCCGGGUCCUGGACUCAUUCGGCACAGAGCCAGAGUUCAACCACGCUAAUUAUGCCCAGUCGAAAGGCCACAAGACCCCCUGGGGCAAGUGGAAUCUGAACCCACAGCAGUUUUACACCAUGUUCCCUCAUACCCCAGACAACAGCUUCCUGGGAUUCGUGGUUGAGCAGCACCUGAACUCCAGCGACAUCCACCACAUUAACGAAAUCAAAAGGCAGAACCAGUCCCUGGUGUAUGGCAAAGUGGAUAGCUUCUGGAAGAAUAAGAAGAUGUACUUGGACAUCAUUCACACGUACAUGGAAGUGCACGCGACCGUUCAUGGCUCCAGCACGAAGAACAUUCCCAGUUACGUGAAAAACCACGGUAUCCUCAGUGGGCGCGACCUGCAGUUUCUUCUCCGAGAAACCAAGCUAUUUGUGGGACUGGGGUUCCCUUACGAGGGGCCGGCACCCCUGGAGGCCAUCGCAAAUGGCUGUGCUUUCCUGAAUCCCAAGUUCAACCCACCCAAAAGCAGCAAGAACACAGACUUCUUCAUCGGCAAGCCAACUCUGAGAGAGCUGACCUCCCAGCAUCCUUAUGCUGAAGUCUUCAUUGGCCGGCCCCAUGUUUGGACUGUUGACCUCGGCAAUCAGGAGGAAGUAGAGGACGCAGUGAAAGCCAUUUUAAGUCAGAAGAUUGAGCCAUACAUGCCCUACGAAUUCACAUGUGAGGGGAUGCUACAGAGAAUCAACGCUUUCAUUGAAAAGCAGGACUUCUGCCAUGGGCAAGUGAUGUGGCCGCCCCUCAGUGCCCUGCAGGUGAAGCUCGCUGAACCCGGGCAGUCAUGCAAGCAGGUCUGUCAGGAGAACCAGCUCAUCUGUGAGCCUUCAUUCUUCCAGCACCUCAACAAGGACAAGGACAUGCUGAAGUACCAUGUGAUCUGCCAAAGCUCAGAGCUGGCCAAGGACAUCCUGGUGCCCUCCUUUGACCCCAAGAACAAGCACUGUGUGUUUCAAGGUGACCUCCUGCUGUUCAGCUGUGCUGGCGCCCACCCCAGACACCAGAGGAUCUGCCCUUGCCGGGACUUCAUCAAAGGCCAGGUGGCUCUCUGUAAAGACUGUCUAUAGUGGCCACCAGUUGGGCCCUGUAUGCACUCUGCUGGGGAGGUCAGUGGCUCCAGCCCCACCUGGGCAGGGCCAGGGGCGGAAGUCAUCCAGAGACUCUCGCCAGAGCCUGAACUUUUUGGUGGAAGGUUCCGAUGUGGUAAUGCUCUCACUGCGAUCAGAGCAUCACAGCGGAGUUCUCACCAAAACAAAACGAGAGCCGCCGUCCAGCCGGGAGCCCGGCGUCUCCCUGGCGCAGCUUCGUUUUUAAUUUUGGAGGAGCUACUAUAGGGAGACUGUGCCGCUGCUCUGGUGGGGGGGGGGGGAGUCUCAAGAUUCAUUUCAGUGAAACAAAACCAGAAGAGGGAUUGAGCUGGUUGGAGAGAACUUUGUAUGGGAACAUUCCUAAACCCAUUAACUUAUUUAUUUGGGAGGGAGGGAGGGGGCCUGGGGAGGGCAGAGGGGUUGAUCAUGUGUCUUGUUACUUGUUUGAUUUUCCACUGUUGGCCAUCCGCCUUCACUAAUAUUACUGCUGUCUGCUCUGGGCAGGGUGCACUGUGGUGGCAUGCUUGAGGGCAGCUGUGGGGACCCAGGUCCUCAAAGUGGAUGGUGGCAGGACAAAGGAAAGUCUUGUGUGCUUGACAGGUGGCAGUCAGGGGCCAGGCACCCCCCCCCCGGGCGUGAGGGGACAUACCUCUCUGUGGACCAGAGAGCCCAGCCAGGGACCCAAGAUGGGCUGCUUUGGUCAUAUCCCCACCACCCAUCACAGCCAAAAACAUACCCACACAUACGCUGGCCAUCAUUUCUGGUUAGGAUUCUUUCAGGAAAGAAAUGCAAGACUGGGGGACUGACAUUUGCGAGUUUUUGUUAAUUUCACUCUCUCACGCAUGUCGGAAGGAGGAAAGUAGCAACGGGAGAUGGAAAGAGCUACCCUUGGACUUGGAGGUCGUGCUUUCUACCCCUUACGGGGGUUGUCUUUGAGCUGAGAUUUGGACAGGAGUGAAGUUGGUCCCUAAGAACCAGUGGCACCACCAGAGCUGUGUGGCCUUGUGUGAUAUUUCUUCUAAUGUCUGCUGUCACUGAAGUCCAGGGAGUGGGGCUCUCGAUGAACUUGAUGUUGGCUGGGGGAGCAAGGACAGGCCAGGAUGAAGGUGCAAGGCUCUGGCCAUCCCCCUGAGGGUGUGGGUGUGGCCUGUGGCUAGGAAUCUGGUGCUGGCUGCUACUCCAGGCACACAUAUUCUGGGAGUGAACCAGCUGGCAGGUUGGACCAAACCCUGGAGCCCCCAUGCUUUGCUUUCUGUGCUAGUUCCCCAGGCCCUGGCACCUGCCCCAUGCUUCAGUGCUUUGCUGUAAGUGUGCAUCUCCUGUGAAGCCCCUGGCAUCUCUGUGCUGGUAAGAGUGAGCCCUUCUCUCUCCUGGGCAGAAUGUCUCCAUUAUGAGCUGUCCUGUGAUCCACCCAGCCCUCACUGGUGGUUUUGAGUCCCUUGGUUGCCCAGCACCAUGUGCCAGGCCAGCAGCUCUGUGCUAACCAGCCCCAUGGGGGCAGCCGGCCCAGGCUGUGCAGAGCAGAACAGCUGGGCAAGGCUAACGGCUGGAGGGUCUUCGGGACGUGAGGUUAAAGUUAGAAUUCUGCUUUGUGAGGACCUUCAGGGAUGGGAAGUUAGAUUCUGCCUGCUUCUCGAUUCUUCUUGGGUGUAAAAUUAACACCAAAUGCACAGCCAGCCUUUUUUUCUUAGCCCCUCAGUGGGUCUUAAUUGCACCUCUCAUCUUAGAGAAUGGAGGAAGGGGAGGGCAGCCAGGUCUCCCCACGUUGUAGGUGGCCCCAAGCACAGGGAGAAUGCCGACGGGGCGGCCUCUGCCCUGAGCAUCGAUGCAGGGGCCCACCCCUCACAAACUGGCUGAGAACAGCACCAAGGGCAGAAGUCCAAGGAAACCGUGGUGAUAGGGUGAGUGCCUGUGAGUGUGUGCUUUUAAGCUUUGCAAGGGCACUUUCCUGCAGCGGGAGGGCAACAACUGCCAUCCAUGCAGCUGGGAACUGCUUUUCCCUACGAAUGGGCCUCCAGGCUGCACUCUGCCUAUUGGGAAUCUGCUUGAGCUCCCAGACCUGCAAUUCCUGGGCCACUGUCGCCCUCUCCUGGGCUCUUCUGGGAGCUUCCAAUGUUGAGAGUGUGAGUGCAUGCGUUUGACCAGCAGGGGGAGCCUGCGAGCCAAGACCAGUUUCCCCUGCUUUGCCAGAUUAACCCAUUUUGCAGAGAGAGGAUUAAAGCACAGAACUCUGAAAGCAAAGGCAGUUGGACAGCCAUGCUCCCAGAAAGAUGCUGUGCCAGCCUUGUGUUCCAGAAGCUGCAGGGAUUGUUUUCUGGCUGCGCCUGAGCUCAGGGCCUUUCCACUUUCAUAUUCCUCCUUCACGUUAGGACCCUCAGGUCAGGCAGCCAGCAGAGCACUUUACCCAUGUGAAGGUCCCUCUCACGUCCCCCAUUCCAGUAUUGGCUGGAAGUAAGCCAGAGUUCUGCCCGUGGGGCCGCUGCUCCGGGGGCAGACCCACACUCCAGGUGGUGAGGGCAUUAUGAAUAGAGGUGGCAGCAACAAAUGUAUACUGACUCCCAGGCGACCACACACUUGGCCCAAGGCUGGCCGGUGACCCCGAGGACACUGGGGUGGGGGCCCCCAUCUGCCCUGGGCAGGAAGGGGCGUGCUUCCCACCUGCCCUGGGAGAGGAAGGCACCUCUCAGUGUGGGCUCGCAGCCUGAAGUGGUUUUCCAAUGCCAAUCUUACAGGACACUACACGAAUUUGUCAUCGAUGGCACUUCCACGGGGAGAGAAACCCUCAGUCAGGACUAGUGUCUUCCUGUGCGACAAGUGUUUAUCUCCUGUCUUGCCCGGUCUUUGUAGUUUUUGUACUUUUUUUUCUCCCCUAAAUGAAUUUGGAUUUUUUCCCCCUCCACUGUGAUCCUAACUUCUUAAAAAUAACAUGAGGGAAAACAGUUAAUUAACGGAGAGAAAGCUUUCCUUUGAAAUGUAAGCCCUUUCAGAGGGAAAAAUUCCUGAGAGGGGGAACGUUACUUCUAAUGCCAGUAAACACCUCAUUUAUUGCCUGUAUGUAAUUGGCACAUGUAUGAUUGGAGACGCAUUUUGCAUUUUUGCUUAGGUUGGGUUUUCGUCACUGCUUACGAGUUUCCAUUUUCUGUUUGCUGUAUGUUUGAGGGUCUUCAGAGCCCUUUUCUUUGGUGGUAUUUUUUCUCUGAUGUGCCUUUUCGUUUUUCUUUGAGGUUGGUUUUUGGAACCUGGGUUUUGUCAGAGGGAACUAGUGGUCUCCUCCAGCUCAGAGAGAGUACGUGUCCUCGCAUUGUCGCAGGCAACUCAGUGUUGUCCCUAGGCCCCAGCAGACGUGCGCACAUACCCCCGUGAAGCCGUGGGAACCCCUAGAGGAGGGCUGGCUUCCUCCAGACCAGCCCACAGCCUCCCAGGCUGCUCGGCCAGGUCUCUGGUUGUGUCUGGGGAAAGGGGAAAGAAUAUACACUCCUUUUGUUCCUUGGCAAACACGCGGUUUCAUACGGGGGGGACUACUUAGCUCACAAUAAGCUCACUUGGGGAUCCUCAGUGCAGCCCACUGGCGGUGAGGGCAUGAAUGCGACCAUUUGGAACGAAACUGUGCUGUUAUGGGGCAGGUUUGUGCUUUUUUGAUCAGACCAAGGUAGGCCACCCUGUUCUCCAAGGUGGUUGACCUAGAUUGUGUACAUAAUUGGAAUAUUGCUGCCCUCCCUGUACACUCCAAAUUCUUGAUUUUAAAAAGAAGGUCUAUUAACGACAGGCUCUGUUGUGUUACUCUCCCAAGCCUGGAUUGUUUAAUUUAUUUAAAAAUAUUUUCAUCUCCACAUUGGCUUCAUUUCAGUCCCAUCCGUCUCUAUGGGGCUGCAGGGCACCUUCACGGGAAGAGACGGAUGGACGUACAUAGAUUGAGACUUCUUUAGGAAGGUGGGAAUUUCCUAGAGCUGAGGACAAGUUCCUUUCCUUCUUGUUGGCAUUCCCAGAAAGUGGGAAACCAAGUUUUCGUAGCAAAAGGCCAAAUUAGCUGUCUCGUGUCGGUUGUAGAAAAAAAUUACCCUAGCUUUUGUAGCACGUAGGGUUUUUGUGAGGAUUCCGUGUUUAGCAGUGUCUGGCAUAGGGUAAGCCCUAGUGAAUGUUCAAUAUUAUUAUUAGCAUUUCAUAAAAUUUGAGAAAUAAAGAGCUGAGCUCACUUCCUAUCAUGAAUUCAAAAGUAACACCUACAGGAAAAUACUCCAAGUCGAUGGAAUGUUGCAGGAAUUACUGGUUUAAGAUACUCAAGUCGCACGUCCACUGUGCUGGUUGAAAUGUUCUUUUGUCCCUGAAUGCACUGACUGACUUUGAAAAUGCGCCUGACGUCAGCCCCAGUGGAACUGGGCUGCAAGAAUUUGUAAACUGGAGAUAAGAGGGUGACCUUUGGCCACAUGUUGGACCCCACCCCACUGAUAUCUUCUGGACCCUUCCAGGGUUUUUCUUUGCAGAACUUUUUCAGCUGGAACAAAAUGAAUUCGCUGAAAGACUGUCCCCUUAAAGUCAGUAGAGUCCUCUGAAAUGCAGUAAUAGAGGCUUUUCUGGUUUUUUGUGUAAGGGGAAAGGAAUGACCCAUUGAAGGUAUUCAUUCCCCCAGAAGUCCCUUUGCUGCCCCCUGCUGGCCGGGGUGGCUCCCCACUGUCCAGUCCACGGGGAUCUGUCUGCUAAGCUGCUGGCUGUCACUUUUCUAUCAGAUGAAAGGUUAAUUCCGUGGAGGUGACGGGGUCUUCACAACUCCCAGAGUCUGCUCCUGGUUUAAUGAUGUUUUCCCAAAUCACCUUAAAUGUCAGUUCGCUUUUUGUUUUAUUGGAGUUUUAGCCUCUCCCUUCCCUAGGGUAAAUGCAGAGUUUUAUUUAUCUUGGCCCUAUUCCGGAUAGAUUUGCAGUUGUGGAAUAUCAAGGAGUCUGCUGGAGUCCCGUGUCUUUUUAGAACCCUUAGGAUUCUCUUCAGCUGAAUCAGCGGUCUUAAACGUCUAUGGAUGUAAGAUUGGACGUGACCUUCCAGGCAUCACUCCGUCUACCCCAGAUUUUGUGGAGCCUUAAGAUCACCCAGGCCCCCUGCAGCUGGUGAGGCAUGGCAAGGGACGAGAGGGCCGUGUCUGUGACUGUGGGGGGUGGCCGUGGGCGCUCGGAGCAUCUGUGGUGCUGGAGGUCUAAGAGCCUCGCGGGAGCAGCAGGACGGGAGCCUGACGCAGUCUGCCGCCCCUACUAGGGCUGGGAUGGAGCAGGCUUGGGGAGCACUAGCUCACCGUCCUGCCCUGGUGGUAACAGGACCAGAGCGGAACAAUCGAUGCCAAAGGAGGUGGGGACAUCCUCUCUGCUGGAGUUGCUGGCACACCCUUGGUGUCUGUAAGCUAAUGGCCAUUCGCGUCUGUCUUCAACCAGCUCCCACUACAACCGUUUUCUACUGUUCACUUCCGGGGUUCUGUAGUACCGGAUUCUGCAAAUAAGGUGUUGCUGUCCAAUGUACUGUACCGGCGUAGAGAGCACUGCUGUGUUUUCCACUGUUGUAGAGAAAACUAGGGAGAACUUUAUUUUUCAAUAAACUUUUCUUGUGUGA